AUGGCGCAAUUGAAUCCGGAUCUGCAAGAGAAGUUGGACGAAUUGGAGAGAGAGCUCGAGGAAGGCGACAUUACAGAGAAGGGCUUUCAAAAACGAAGGACCCAACUACUCUCGCAAUAUCUAGGCCCCGGCGCAUUGGCUGAUGCUACUGGAGGCUUACGAAUACACACUGUCGACGAUGAUCCCCCUAAUACGAGCGAAGGGCAUAGAGACGCAGCAUAUGCCGCUUUAAAUACCGCUAAUCCAGAUUCCAAUGACGCAUAUUCCCCCUCGACUAUCACAUCUCCCGUCGAUUGGCGACCCCAAUCGACUGGAAUAUCUAGUUCAGGUCCUCCCUAUGGCGCCGAGCAUCCGGCCGGGUUACUACGACCAGGCGGACCUUUGGCCGAACAGCGUCCAGCCUUGAGCCAGCGUGAUUCGCUAUUCCUUAACCCUGUUCCCAGCUAUGCUCAAACGAUGGUUUCUGACUCUCCCACGCGGUCGGGGACGAUGGUUUCGGGGGAUUAUGCCUUUAAACCGGAACACCAAGGAGGGUAUGGAGCCCAACCGCCAAACCCUUAUGACAGCCGGACCGGCACAAUGGUAGACUCCCAGGUGUAUUUUUCCGAUUUUGCCGGUCAACAAGCAUACGACCAUGGUCCCGGUGGAGGCGGCGGUGGCGGCGGCGGCGGCGGCGGCGAAUAUGGCGGAGGCGCACACAGAUAUUCAUCUAGUGAUGCCUUCUCACCUACCGCUGCUAUGGCCCCGCCCAUGCUUACUGCGAGCGAUUUGCCUCCCCCUGAGGCGCUGGAGUAUCAGAUGCCCCUCGACCCCCGAGAACUACCAUUUGCUAUCCAUGACCCGCACGAUGAAAAUACUGCUAUGUCGAAUUUCGACAACAUUGCUGCUGUGCUAAGACACAGGGGGCGCACUACUGGGAAGCUUCCGGCAUAUUGGGUGCUCGAUAGUAAGGGGAAGGAGAUAGCAUCUAUUACUUGGGACAAGCUCGCUUCUCGAGCAGAGAAAGUAGCACAAGUCAUUCGAGACAAAAGUUCGUUAUAUCGUGGGGACCGCGUUGCUCUUAUUUACAGGGAUUCGGAGAUUAUCGACUUCGCAAUCGCCCUCCUAGGCUGUUUUAUCGCGGGCGUUGUGGCAGUUCCUAUUAAUGACUUACAGGACUACCCAAAGUUAAACCUCAUCUUAACUUCCACGCAGGCGCAUUUAGCCUUAACUACCGACAAUAACUUGAAAUCAUUUCAGCGAGAUAUCACUACGCAGAAAUUGAACUGGCCUAAAGGUGUUGAAUGGUGGAAAACUAAUGAAUUUGGAAGCUAUCAUCCGAAGAAGAAGGAUGACGUACCCCCUUUAUCCGUCCCUGAUCUAGCAUAUAUUGAAUUCUCCAGAGCCCCGACAGGAGAUCUUCGGGGUGUGGUACUUAGCCAUCGCACUAUAAUGCACCAAAUGGCCUGUCUAAGUGCUAUAGUUCAGACAGUCCCUAAUGGGUCCAACGACACCUUCAAUCGUACCCUUAGAGAUAAGAAUGGACGCCUAAUAGGAGGGGGCGCCAGCAGUGAAAUUAUUUUAUCCUACCUUGAUCCUCGUCAGGGCAUCGGUAUGAUUCUGGGUGUCCUUCUUAAUGUCUAUAGCGGCCAUACGACUGUAUGGGUAGAGAAUAAAGCGGUAAACUCUCCCGGUCUCUAUGCUCACCUCAUUACUAAAUAUAAGGCUACGCUUAUGGUUGCCGACUAUCCCGGCCUGAGAACUGCUGCCUUCAACUACCAACAAGAUCCUAUGACUACUCGAAAUUUCAAGAAGGGCAUGGAGCCAAACUUUCAGUAUGUCAAGCUUUGUCUAAUCGAUACCUUGACGGUGGAUAGUGAGUUUCACGAAGUAUUAGCCGAUCGAUGGCUUCGACCUCUACGAAACCCUAGGGCUAGGGAAGUCGUUGCCCCGAUGCUAUGUUUGCCUGAACACGGAGGCAUGGUUAUCAGCGUCCGAGAUUGGUUAGGUGGCGAAGAGCGCAUGGGAUGUCCAUUGAAAUUAGAUAUUGACGCCGAUUCCGGUUCGGAAACCGACAGGGAGGAAGAGAAGGACAAAGAAAAAGAGAAGGAAAAGGAAAAGGAGAAAGAUAAGGAGAAGGAUAAGCCAGCGCCAUCGAAUGGGUUUGGAAGUCUUCUCGGGGGCGGUACGACGACUACGAAAGAGCACGACGCUAAGAAUGAUCUCAGUGAAGUUCUGCUAGACCGAGAAGCGCUCAAGACGAACGAAGUCGUCGUAGUAGCCAUAGGAGAGGAUGCUCGGAAGAAGGCGAAUACCGAACUAGGCACCGUCCGGGUUGGUGCCUUUGGAUAUCCUAUCCCAGAUGCUACUCUCGCUGUCGUUGACCCUGAAACGGGACUUCUGACCUCUCCACAUUCUAUUGGAGAGAUUUGGGUGGAUUCUCCUUCUUUAUCCGGAGGGUUUUGGGCGUUGCCUAAGCAUACAGAGCAGAUCUUUCAUGCGAGACCCUACAAAUUCGAACCCGGAGACCCGACGCCUACACCGGUAGAGCCCGAGUUCCUCAGGACCGGUCUUCUUGGGACCGUGAUUGAAGGCAAAAUCUUCGUGCUUGGAUUAUAUGAAGACCGUAUCCGACAGAAGGUCGAGUGGGUUGAGCAUGGCCACGAGGUUGCUGAGCAUCGAUAUUUCUUCGUGCAGCACAUUAUUGUCAGCAUCCUUCGAAAUCUGAACAAGCAAGUAUUUGAUUGUUCCGCAUUUGACGUCUUUGUCAAUGAUGAGCAUCUACCAAUAGUAGUACUAGAGUCGUCGGCAGCUUCAACAGCUCCAGCAACGUCCGGUGCUCCGCCUAGGCAGCUAGACACCGCGUUGCUAGACACGCUCUCAGAAAGAUGCAUGGAUGUUCUUAUGCAAGAACAUCACCUAAGGGUUUAUUGCGUUAUGAUCACGGCACCGAACUCCUUACCUCGUGUGACGAAAAACGGUAGGCGAGAGAUAGGAAACAUGCUGUGCCGCAGAGAGUUCGAUCUCGGUAAUCUGCCAUGUGUUCAUGUAAAAUUUGGCGUCGAACAUGCAGUGCUAAACCUGCCUAUUGGGGUAGACCCUAUGGGUGGUAUUUGGUCGCCCACGGCAUCAGACGCUCGAGGAGACUUCCUUGGACCUGCUGACAAGCAAUAUUCAGGAAUUGACAGACGCGAGGUUGUCAUUGACGAUCGUACAUCUACGCCAUUAAAUAACUUCUCAAGCAUCACAGAUCUCAUCCAAUGGCGAGUAGCACGACAGCCGGAAGAGCUCUCCUAUUGCACUAUCGACGGCAGGGGUAAGGAAGGGAAAGGCAUUACGUGGAAAAAGUUUGAUACUAGAGUUGCUGCUGUGGCCCUGUAUCUCCGUAACAAGGCUAGAAUACGGCCCCGUGACCACAUCAUGCUCAUGUAUACGCAUUCCGAAGAUUAUAUUUUCGCCGUCCAUGCAUGCAUUAACCUCGGUGCUGUCAUCAUACCAACUGCACCGAUGGACGAGCGACGAUUGAACGAAGAUGUACCGGCUUUCCUCCAUCUCAUUAAUGACUAUGGCAUCAAAGCUGUACUUGUUAAUAAUGAGGUAGAUCACCUCCUUAAGUCGAAGGCUGUCUCCCAGCAUAUCAAACAAUCCGCCCAGUUCCUCAAGAUCACUGUCCCGAGCGUAUUCAAUACCUCGAAACCACCUAAGCAGAAUAGUGGUCUCCGUGACCUUGGUAUUACCGUCGAUCCUGCCUGGAUACAACCAGGAUAUCCUGUUAUAAUCUGGGCGUAUUGGACACCAGAUCAGCGCAGAAUUUCGGUGCAACUUGGCCACGAUACUAUUUUAGGGAUGUGCAAGGUUCAAAAGGAAACUUGCCAGAUGACGAGUUCGAGACCGGUGCUCGGCUGCGUCAGAAGCACCACAGGAUUAGGCUUUAUCCACUCGUGUCUGAUGGGUAUCUAUAUAGGCACGCCUACUUACCUACUUUCGCCCGUGGAGUUUGCGCAAAACCCUAUCUCACUCUUCUUAACCCUGAGCCGUUAUAAGAUAAAAGACACGUAUGCAACGCCCCAGAUGCUCGACCACGCUAUGAAUACGAUGCCCGGCAAGGGCUUUGCUAUGCACGAGCUAAAGAACAUGAUGAUCUCGGCCGAGGGAAGGCCUCGCGUCGACGUAUUCCAAAAGGUCAGACUUCAUUUCGCGGCCACUGGCCUUGAUAGGACGGCUAUAAAUACGGUAUACUCACAUGUGCUAAAUCCGAUGGUUGCGUCGCGGUCGUAUAUGUGCAUCGAGCCUAUCGAGCUUUGGCUUGACCAGCGGGCUCUUCGCAGAGGGUUAAUCGUUCCUGUGGAUCCAGACUCGGAUCCGAAGGCCCUAUUAGUUCAAGACUCCGGUAUGGUACCGGUUUCAACCCAAAUAGCCAUCGUCAAUCCCGAGAGCCGGCUCCUCUGUACGGACGGGGAGUAUGGGGAGAUCUGGGUCGAUUCAGAAGCAUGUGUGAAGGCGUUCUACGGUUCCAGAGAUCCCUUUGACGCAGAACGCUUCGACGGACGCACUAUAGAUGGCGAUCCCAACAUCAGUUAUGUCCGAACUGGAGAUCUCGGCUUUCUGCAUAACGUCAGUCGGCCUAUUGGACCGGGUGGGGCCCAAGUAGAUAUGCAGGUCCUUUUCGUACUGGGUAACAUUGGCGAGACUUUCGAGAUUAACGGUUUAAGCCAUUUCCCGAUGGAUAUAGAGGCCUCGGUUGAGAGAUCCCAUCGAAACAUCGUUCCUGGUGGCUGUGCCGUCUUCCAAGCAGGUGGUCUCGUAGUCGUCCUUGUCGAAGUGUCACGCAAGGCUUAUCUUGCAUCUAUCGUCCCCGUCAUCGUAGAUGCUAUUCUCAACGAUCACCAGAUAGUAGUUGAUAUAGUUGCCUUUGUGAACAAGGGUGAUUUCCCUCGUAGUCGACUCGGUGAGAAGCAACGCGGCAAGAUUUUAGCUAGUUGGGUUACUCGAAAGAUGCGUACAGUCGCGCAGUUCGCGAUCCGCGACCCAGACUCCGAUAGUGUGGAGGGCGGUGAUGGAGCGGGCGAGAACCACCGUGCUAGUGUGGGCAGCGUUCGAAGUAACAAUGCCCCCGGAGCAAGUUCUCUAAGAAAUAUGGAGCACGCACCACAAAUUUUGGAACAGGAAGAGCUAGAUCAUCAGAUGAACAAGAUGUCGGCCUUGCCUCAAACAGUGGACCUUUCCGCCAGCAACGAAAGAAUUGUGGAUAUGGACCGCUUCAGCAACGGGGGCAUGCCGAUGAGACAAUACCCGCAGCCACCACAGAUCCGCCUCCCGAGUGUCGACAGCCGCGAGGCUUCGAACGAGGCUAUAUGGGCCCGCAGGCAAAGUAGUACGGGACAAGAAGAGGAGUGGCAGCGCGAUGCCCUGAUGCACAUGAAUCUGGCCAACCAGAUGCCGCGGCAAGAUUAG